AUGUUGGUUGAUUGCUUAGUGGUAUUAAUGCGUCGUUCUGCUCGGUGCUUACUGCUUGCCCAACGCCAUUUAUUAUCAAAAAAAUUUGCACUGAAUGAAGAAUGGAAUAGCAGACAUCGUGCACUUAGUGAACUCGGUGUAGAAGGAGGAUAUGAAUGGAUUACUGCUGUUCAGAAGAAGUUUAUCAGUGCUGGAUUGGCCAGUGCGGUGGACGUUGAUGCAGCGGUUUGUAUAGCAGAGGAGUUGGAUCAGUUAGAUGAUGUGCUAAAAAUUGUAUACAAAUUACGACACAUCGAAACAACCGGUAGGAUGCUGCCUUCAACAGAAUACGCCCUCAUCAGGCUACUUUUGAAGCAUCAUAAAACUGACAUUCUUCUUGCAAUCCUGGCCGACCCUAUCAAUUAUGGUAUUUUUUUAAACGAACAUUCAGCUUGUCUAGUUAUAGAUAGCUUUCUGGAGGCAGGUAAAAUCACAGAUGCCGCAAGAAUUGCCAGUUGUGUAAUGCUUCAAGAAAUGUUCCAGUCAACUUUAUUGAACUGGUUAUGUAUUUAUAGUAGUCUAAGAUGGACUGAAUUGUCUGUUGAACAAAGAGUGUUCGAGAAACUUCCGUCCCUGGAUUAUAUUGUUGGAACAGAAAGCAAUAUAAAGGAUGUCGAUGAUGAACAUGAAAUGAUCUUCAAAUUCCCAUAUUUGAAAAACGAAUACAACGACAUGCAUUUCGAUCUUACCGAUCCAGAUCAGCUUAUUGGGAAAAAUUUACUUUGGUUUAGUAAUUGCGUUCCAUUAAAUGAAAAAGAAGUUGGGAAUAUUCGUUUAAUAGGAUCUGUUUUUUUUGGCAAUUAUGUUUUGGCAAACCAGUUACUUCAAACGACGAACAUCUUUUCAUCGGUGGCAACAAUUUGCCAAUCCAAAUUGCAGCAAAUAACAAUUAAAACUGAUGAUGUCAGAAAAUUAGAGACAAUAGUCGAUAAGGUUGAAAGGAACACGGACGAGAAGCUGUCAGAUAUGAUCAUAAAGCAUCUAAAAACUGUACAGAAUGUGGAAGAGAAAAAUCUGAUGGAAAUACAACGCAAUAUUUUCCUUAACUGGAGACAAAAUCGUGCUGAUCUCAUCAAAGCUCAGGUUGAAACCCUUGAUUUAAAGUUGCGACUGAAAGAAACCUGUGAAGGGCGACAAAAAUUACGAGAUCGUUGGGAAAUGUUGAAUUUCUUCGAAAAUCGUUUGAAAUGGGAGGAUAUGGCAGCUGUGAAAGCAGAGUUUUUAAAGGCUGAAGAGGGUAAAAGGAAAAGUAAAGAAGACUUAGAGCGGGAAUAUAUAAGUGAAGUAUUCCAUAACAAAAGUGCUAAAAAGUCUUAA